CUAGUGUGGUAUUCACAUCCUAACGCUCAUGUGGUAACAUCCAGCAUCGCUUGGCUUUCCCUGCACACUGGCCUGAUUCCAGGGAUUUGAAGUAGACAAGACAGACAGACAGAGAGAGUGCAUGUACGCUGGAGAGAGAUAACUGAGUUUAGAAGUAGAAGGGAGAAAGAACAGAGGUCUGGAGAAGAGAAGACAGGGAGAACAGGUGAGCAAACAGUUGAAAAAGGAGUCUUGAAGACAAGUUGAAUAGCUGAUUGUGCACUUCAGAUCCACUGACAUGGCAGCCAUGGAAGCACUGGAAUCCUCAAAUGCCCAGCUGGAGCCUCAAACUCUCACUGAGAUCUCAGACGACGAGGUAAACCUUCCACCCUCAGAUGAUGAAGACGAUGCCCUUGCCGCAGCCAAGAAAGAGCUGUCCACCAUGGGCACAGAGGGGGAUGCCGCCGAAGACAAGGGCGAGGCGCUGAAGCUUGACCCGCAGGCGAACGGGGUCAUGGUUCUGUCUUUGCUUGACAAGAUCAUCGGGGCGGUGGACCAGAUCCAGCAGACCCAGAGUGGGCUGGAGGCCAGGCAGCAGGAGAUGGAACGUUCUGUGACCAGCAUCCAGGGAGAGCUGACGAAACUGUCCAAGAGCCACAGCACCACGUCCAACAGCGUCAACAAGAUGAUGGAAAAGGUGCGCAAGGUGAGCGUCAACGUCAAGACCGUUCGGGCCACCUUGGAGAAGCAAGGAGGCCAGAUCAAGAAGCUGGAGAGCAACGAGGCGGAGCUGCUGAAGAGACGCAACUUUAAAGUCAUGAUCUACCAGGAUGAAGUGAAGGUUCCCUCAAAACUCAGCGUCUCUAAAUCGAUGAAGGUUUCUGAGUCGGUGUCGGGAAGCAGAGGAGGCAGCCUGCUAGAGCUCAAGGAAGGUGUGGAAGAGCCCGGAGAGGAAGGAGAAGAGGAAAAGGCAGACAAGCCCCAUGUGGACCUCUCGUCAGAUGAGGAAGGGUUCGAGAUUGAGGAGGCCAUUGAGGAGUCUCGUGCCGAGCGCAUUAAGCGCAGCAGCCUGCAGCGUGUACAAACCCUGAAGACGGUCUUCUCAAAGGAGAAGAUGGAUAAGACCAGAGCAAAGACCAAAGAGAACCUGGAGAAGACCAAGCAGAAAACCAAGGAGAACCUCGAGAAGACAAAGCAGAAGACAAAAGAGAACCUGGAAAAGACCAAGCAGAAAACCAAGGAGAAUUUAGAGAAGACCAAACAGAAGACCAAGGAAAACCUGGAGAGGACACGUCACAACAUUGAGAAGAAGAUGGGAAAGCUGGGAACACGCAUGAGCGUCAACCCUGAGCGGAAGCAGAAGAUCCAGACAUCACGCGACAAGAUGAAGAAGGCCUUCACGCCAGACCACGUCGUUUACGCCCGGUCUAAGACUGCCGUAUACAAGGUGCCCCCCUUCACCUUCCAUGUCAAGAAAAUCCGCGAGGGCGCCGUCGAGGUGGUCCAAGGCACAGAGAUGGUGGAAGUGUCCCAAGAUGCAGAGGCCUUCAGUGGAGUGGAUGGGGAGGUUGAGGAGGGCGGUGUGGAGCUUGAGAUGGAGAUGAUGAAUGGCGGAGGGGAUGAGGAGGAGGCUGAGGAGGAUGAAGAGGAGGACAGCCAAGAUGUCCUGCAUGAGAAUGAAGACAGAGAUAGAGACAGCGACUAGACUAAAAAUAGGGAAUUUGCCAAGAUCCUAAGAAAAUCCUUUGUACCAACCCUGAGGUUCUUUGUAAAAACUGAAUAAAUUCUGGGUAUUGAUAUUUCUAAAUAAGAAUUACAGUUAGUUACAACUUGGGUCUCAUUUUUGUAAUGGCCAUCAUCCUAUCAGUUUCUUGCUGGUAGUGAAGAGCUCACAGAUAAAUUAUUAACUGCCUCAGAGUUUUUGCAUCUUUCAAGUCAUUCUUUCGGGGUUCAGUCUCAUUAAUCUCAUCAACCUCAUCUCCAACAGCAGCAGGCAGCAGGCUCAGAUAAACCCAUUGUACACUACUUGCUCAGCAUCAAACAGCACACAGACACCGUUAGAGACUAGCUGGUAACAUAGUGGAGCAUUUGACAGCUACAUAGCCGGGUAUUGUAAUUACAAAUAGGUGGAGACCUAGCUAGAUUUUAAACGAAAGAGAAAUUAGACUAAAGCUUUUAUUCUACCAGGAAUGGGCCAUCUAUGUGGUCCAUGAGGCCACAUCUGCACUGCAGUUCUGUUCUGUCCUCUGCAUGGCUUCAUACCUCACAGGGAGUGUUUCAGAAGCGGAGCACUUUGUCAUCCCAGUUUUGCUGACUUGCUUUUAUUGAUUUGGUCAUUUUUCCUUGAUUUUAGUGCUUCUACCAACUUUUUUUUUUGUCUUCUUUUACAAUCGCACCAGAUGUUUUAUUUUGAAAACUAACUAGAUCUUCUAUGCCGGUUCCUGCCUCAAUCUGCUCUGUGCAACUUGACACAGCUCAAAAAUAGGCUAAACAUUUUCCAGGUGGACACAAACAUGACUCUUCAUGGAUGCUAAUGUUGCUAGACCUAUACCUUAAACAGAAAACUGUUUGCUAACGCAUUCACCAUAUCAACUUUAUAUGGUGAUAAUAUGCCAGUGUUGUGCUUACAGCUUGUUGUGCUGCCCUUAAGUGGCCAAAAAAUGACCACAGAGCAAAGCCAGGGGUAUUCUACCUAAGAAAAACCACAGGCCCACACACUACACAUAAAGUGGGAGGAACUGGGGGUCGGCAGGUGCCCAGUGCCAAGCUUGUUUUUCACUGGGGCCUCCUUGCAGGUUAAUCUGACCAUGGGUUGUGGCAUUUCCAGAUCUCAUCAGUCAAUAGGAAUGAUGGCCUAAACUGCAAAAAUAAGACCCAAGUUGGAAAAAAACUGAACUAUCAUUUAACAAUUUAUUAUGAUCUUAUUUGACUACAGGUUGUGUUCUCUAAAAACAUGAUGAAAAUUGAAUGGAAAUAUUUCCGCAUUUGCGAAGGCGCUUCAAGGUUUGUUUAGAGCCCGUUUGUGUAUGUACGGUGUAGAUGAUCAUGAAAACUGAAAGAAAGAAAAUGGGAAGAGGAAGAAAAUAACUUAGGGAGGUGAAACUAAAGAGAUCAUAAGGGAGGGGACACAUCAUUCCCACUGUUAGAAAAUCUAAUUCGUCAGCAUUUAAUUUUCUAAUUCAAGACGCUAACCACUCACAGCUAGUGGGAUGAGAGUGUGGAAAUGACUCGCCUCCUGUCCAUUUCAGUUUGGUAUUUGUUGAACACAAAGAAAAUGAUCUUAUGGACUGUUGGGUAGCAGAUUCCCACUGGCCAAAUUAUUCAUUCACACACUGAGUAUAUAUUCGUGCUUAUCCAGAAAUUCCUUGUGUUUUAAAAAUAUUUUACAUAUCACAGACACAAAAUUAUUCCUUCCACCCCAUUUGUUGUUCAGCUGUUUAAAUCCUGAAGUGUUAUCUUACUCUGCUUAAUUUAGUCAUUAGUUAGAAGCGCAGUGAUUCUGUUGGAAUUUCUCAGCUUUGAUGAGCUCACAGUUAAAUAAGUGUGUAUGAUUUUAUAUGUGAUCACAACUGACAGGAAGUUAAUGUCCUCUCCUUUUCAUUAUUGACAGAAUGUAGCCUAAUGGUUGUCCUUUGAGCACACCUUGUUUCAUGUGAUACUCUUAUGCAAACUUAUACUGCCAGUGUUCCCAAAGUAUAACCAGAACCCAUGAAAAAACACAAGGCAGAGACAGCUCAUUCAUCGGUCCAUUACAUUUCACUCGCUAAUGGAAUUCGUUUUGAUAAUUUUUCUCAUGAUUUUCUUCUUAAAAACAUGUUCUGUGCUAUUUAAAGAUGUGUUUCAUAAAUAAACUGAGAUAAGGACCAAUGCUUUCAGCAUGUCUCACAAACCUCUAGUAGAAGAAGUUUAGUGUCUCAUCAGCGACGCGUACUUGUGUCCUCUCAGGUCCUGUCUACUGCCAGGACUAAGCUUCAAAACAAGAGUGUGUGUUAUUGCUGUGGUCUGACACUGACCCCUAGUGUCCUGUCAUCUCACUAUAAUUUUCUCUAGAUUAAAGGUGCAUUCCUCCAACUGUCCAACUGUUCUCUUUAAAAUGACCAUUUCAUUCAAAUAUCUCCAUAUAAGUUUCCUUUUUUGUCCACAUUUACUUGUAUGUAACAAGAUGUAUAAAUGUGUUUUAUAUAUUCACCAUUACGGGUGGUAUUUCAUUAGUGCCUUGCAUAAAUGAAUUCAAGAACAAACUUUUUUCAUUCUUGAAUAUUGUGCUCUGACUGCAUUUUUAUUGCAUACUCAAAAUAAAUUUCCAUCCAGCUAUGCAUUUUCCAAACAGUCCUGGGCAGGGUAGAGGGGCUGGAACCAGUACCGGCAUAAUGAAGGGGUGUACAGACUGAACAGGGCAGCGGUCUGUGAAAGGGCUAACAGAGACAGACAUAAAAUACAUUUGUGAAUCCAAAGGAAGAGCAUACACAGUUUCACAUAACUGUUGCCAAAGCUUACUAGAUUUCCAUAGUAUUUGUACUGUAAAAGUUUAACUUCAAGCUUUCACAGUUUUACUUGUGUUUUUUUUUAUAUAUAUAUGUAAAAUCACUGCUAAUGCAGAUCAUCAUGCAUUUUCAUGUAAUUUUCAGAGAGCCUCUUGCCUUUUGCUACCUGCACCCCUUCUGCAUUCAGACUAGCUUCUUGGGCAAAGUAAUUUUAUGCUUGCACGGAUUUCACAGUGCAGCAAAUGACAAAUUCGACACUCUUACACAGCAAGCAUAAAGCAUUAUAGCUUUUUGAUGCACAAUUGUGGAAGAGAAUUCAUUCAGACAUUUAAUGCUCAGCCAUUUAAAGGGGAUUAACAAUGCCAUGUCUGUCAAAGCAGUAACAACAUGCAGCUGAGGCUAUGUCAGUGGAACACAAAAUGUAGUUCACACUUAAAGGACCAGUGUGUAGGCUUUAGUGACAUCUAGCAGUGAGGCUGCAGAUUGCAACCAAUUAAGUACCCCACACCUCACCCUCCCCUUCUGUGGCCUUGAAAAGCCUGACAGGCCAUCAUACUAUGGCAAAGGGAUGACCCGCCCGACUGAGCCUCUGAUUGGCAACUACUUGUUGCCUUAGUUAGUUGGGCUGGUUAGGUUUGGGCACGAGGAGUGAUGAUUGGUUAGGGUUGGGGUAAGAAUAUCAGGACAAGAUAAUGAGAGGCAGAGUGAGGCAGCGAGAGAGACAGGGCGGGUCGUCCCUUCACUGUAGUAGGAUUCAUAAAUCCACCACCCGCUCCCUCUGUGGAUACAAAGACAUGAAAACAUGAUUCUUAAUUGCAGUAAUGAAAACAUAUUUCUGAAUAGAUCAAUAGGUCACCUAAUUCCUGCAUACUGGACCUUUAACUGUUUCCUUGCUUUUGUUGGUAACUGAUUUGUGUAUAAUGUUUCAUUGCUUAACCACUAAUGAUUUGAUUAAUAAAAGCUAUUUGGU